GCGCCGCUGCUGACGCGGGCGGUAAGGGAGGUGCAGAACCGGCGCGGUUGCCGCAGUUAUUCCUUCUCCUGGGCCUCCUGCGUUCUCGGCCGUGGCCGCCGCUCGCCAGUGUUGGCCGUUCGACCAGGAGCUCGAUGUGGUUCGACAAGAUGUGCUGCAGAGGCGGCAGAUGAUUUCUUCUGGUGCGCUUGGAUGCCGCGAGUCAUGGACGCCGCUUUCUUCUGGUUGGGCUGCUUUCAGCCACGACAGGGGAUGAGAGGACAUGGAAGUUGUAGGUCUGAAUCACUCACAGAUCAUUCUCACCCGACACACUCAUCUGUGUGUGGGCGCGACGCGGCGGCGUCGUGCCGAUGUGCCGGCAUGGCGGCGCUGCUAGCAGGAACGUGGACGGCGCUGGCGGUCAGACGUGCUCCAAAUCGUCAAUCCCCAUCCAUGUGUGUUGUCCUGCAGGUCCAGAUAAGAAAGGAGAGGCAGGUUCAGAUUAGCACUCCACCAGCUUCUGGUAGUGGGCACGCUGGGGCAUGGGAGACCAACAUGGAAGGCAACACUGUCCAGCCGUGGGAAAAAUUCCAGAUGCGUUUUUUCUUCAGAUAUGAGCUAAACUGCAGGUAUGUUGGCAACACUGUCCAGCCGAGGCCAUGA